UUCUCGACUUGGGCGCAACGGACAUCCUUCUCGCCCAUCAGCUUGCCCUUCAUCCUCUCCUACCGCUCACCUGACUGCGAGCUUUGACUCAGUGAACGAGGUUCUCACACUCCCCCGAAGCUCCUUCGAGCGCUCACCACCUCAUCGACCCACUGCUUAUCGAUCUUGUUGGCCAGAUGUUUGGCGGAGGAGCAGGGCAAUCGACGGGUUUUGGGUUUGGUGCUGCCAACAAUCAGCAGCAGCAGGGCGGUGGAGGAAUAUUUGGGGGUGGACAGCAGCAGAAUCAGGGAGCCAGUAAUCCAUUUGGCCAACCAGCUCAACCGAUGUUUGGCCAGCCUGCUGGGUCAGCUGCCUCGAAUCCAUUUGGUAGCUCGUCUCAGACGCAGCCCUCUACUAGCUUUUCCUUUGGCGGUGCUGGUGCUUCUACCGCUCAGCAGCCUUCCACCUUUGGUGCCCAGGCUAACAAGCCCGCUGGAACAUUUUCCUUCGGAGCUGCCAAUACCGGACAGACACAGAGCUUUGGGUUCGGUGCCCCUCAGCCCGCCCAACAGCCCGCUUUUGGAGCUGCCAACAACAAUCUGUUCGGGCAGAAGCCAGCCGGCGGUGGGCUCUUCGGCUCCAAUCAGCCAAGCAGCACUGGCAAUGCUCUGGGUCAGCCUGCUCAGUCUCAAGGCGGCAUCUUCGGCGGCACGAAUGCGCUCGCAGGUCAAGCAGCCAUGCCCACUCAGGGUACCCUUAACCCACCUUAUCGCGAAACGGUCAUUUCGGAGUCGGACAAUAACAACUCCAAGGUCGGCGACUACAAGUACACUGCGAUAACCAUGGCACCUGCAUACAGAGCUGCAUCGUUCGAAGAAUUGCGUUUGCAAGACUACCAGCAAGGGCGCAAAAAUGGCAAUUCUGGACCAUCGAUUGGUGGAUUCGGCGUACCUGCUCAGACGAAUCCCUUCGGACAGACCUCUCAGCAGCAGCCAGGUGGAAUCUUUGGCGCGCAGCAGCCGCAACAGAACAGCACGCCAUUCGGCCAACAACCGCAGCAACAGCAGCAGGCAGGGGGAAUGUUUGGCGCGCAGCAGCAGCCACAGCAGACUGGUGGCAUCUUCGGCGGCAACACCGCUGCAGGACAGACGGGCGGCAUGUUUGGCCAGAACAGCCAACAAGGCCAGCAGACCGGUGGAUUCUUCGGUCAAAACAAUGCAGGCCAGCAAGCUGGUCAAGCUGGCACGUUUGGAGGAUUUGGUACCACUACGCCUCAGCAGCCUGCCGCUAACUCGUUCGGCGGAUUUGGGCAGCAAAACAACACACCCAAACCCGGAGGUCUGUUCGGCUCCAACAAUAAUGCUUUUGGCGCACCUCAACAAUCCCAACAGCAGCAAAAUACGUUUGGCUUUGGCGCAAACAAUAAUCAGCAGCAGCAAGGCCAACAACAAGGCACCUCGACGUUUGGUGGAGGCACAAGUACCUUUGGAGGUUUUGGCAAUACCUCUUCGGCACCCAAACCAGGAGGUCUCUUUGGUGCGGCACCUGCUGCCUCCACUGCACCCUCGUUUUCUUUUGGUGCCACAAGCUCCGCAGCUGCAGCACAGCCCAACAAGCCCGCGUUCAGCUUCGGCGGAGGGACAAACACGUUCGGCUCGAGCGGUGCGACCACCGGAUCCGCCGCUGCCCCAUCUCAGGGCCUCUUUGGACAAAGUCAGCCAGUGACCACCAGUCAGCCGGGAGGCGGCUUCGGCAGCACGGGCGGUUUUGGUGGCAACACCACGUCCCAGCCUUUUGGCCAGUCGCAGCCGGGUCAACAACCCAAUCAGCCAGCAACUUCUGGCUUCGGCUCUGGUGGAUUGUUCGGCAACAAGCCGGCCACGAGCGGUGGUCUCUUCGGCCAGAAUCAGCAACAGCAACAACCCGGCCAGCAGCAGUCUACUGCAUCGACUUUUGGCGGAUUUGGUGGUAACAACAAUAAUGCGCCCGCAGGGCAAGGCGGUGGCCUGUUCAGUGGAUUCAAUAGCGGAGCGAACAAUGCCACAAAGUCCCUCUUUGGAGCUGCAUCUGGUCAGCCGUCAGGCGGUGGUCUGUUUGGCAAUAAUCCCGGUGCAGGCCAGAGUACUGGAGGCCUGUUUGGUGCGCAGAGCCAAGCACCAGGUGCAGGUGGCCUGUUUGGCCAGAGUCAGGCUGCUGGCAACGCAUCGUUGUUCGGAAACACACAGAAUUCUAGCACGUCUCUGUUUGGCAACUCUGCACAAGCCCAGCCGACGCAGCCUCAAAUGCCGAAUUUCCAAGCUAGCCUGGUCAAAGACCCGUACGGCACCGACGCUCUUUUUGCUCAGCACGCACAACCCAAGGCAGCUGAUCCCGAUGCCGGUUUGGCACGACAACCGUACCUGCCUUUCAACGUUAGCGCUGACAAAGUGCCUCGCAAAGCUAUCCCUGCUAUCCGACCUUUCAGCCCCAAUACGAAGGGCGCGGCGCGGUUCACCCGUUUGCGCGGUACCACGCCUGGAUUCAGCACUCGCGAGGACACGCCGGGCCGCGAAGGAUCACCUUCUCUCUUCGGCUACGGGUCCGCAAACGCGCGAGCGAGCCCAGCGAAGAGCCUCUUCAGAGGCCUCAGCGAUGAUUUGCCGACUGCCGAUGGCAACCGCGCAGCUUCCCCCGGACUGCCGCUUCAGGCUUUCAAUCGCAGGAGUGGAAGCGUUCGUCGGUUGGUGCUUGACGACGAUGCUGGUAAUCUAAGCGGCAGUCUCUCCACCAGAUCUCUGUUUGGCUCCACCUCAAGAGCUGGAAGUGUGGCUCCAGGCUCUAGAAAGAGCGCCACGCCUGGCGGUGACUCUCUGUUUGGCACACGUGGAGGAACAGCUCCGCCGGGUCAAGAGUCAGCACCGCGCGUGGCCUUCAGUCCCGCGCUUGAGGCAGGAGUGGCGACAAGCCGUAGGCCAAACUUGGCUGACACUAGCCGUCUGAGCGGAGCUGCGGACUCCAGCGUCAACACCUCUGUCUUAGGCGGACGAAGUGGCGCGGAUGUCGAUACCCCAAGCAGACCACCGCUUCGAGAGGUGGCAUCUGCUUUGCCCUCUCUUACCUCGACGAGGAACCGCAAGGACGAUGCGUCGGCUCCUACUACCGACCGGGAUGAUCAUUUGCCCUUGAACUACUACACUUCACCGCCUGUGUCGACUCUGCAGACUUACAGCAAGCGAGAGCUCUCUGCGGUCAAGGACUUUGUUGUGGGACGUCACGGAAGUGGCUCCGUGCGGUUUUUAGAGCCCGUGGACCUUUCGAGCGUUCCUGAUUUGAACCUCAUCGCAGGUGGAAUCGUCGUGAUUCGCUCACACGAGACGAUGGUGUACCCCAAAGAAGCGGAAAUUUACGUUGGAGACACCAACGAGUUGGGUGAUGGCGUGCUGGCCGACUUCGAACCCGACGAGAUGCAUUACCCACCUGUGGGCGAGGGACUGAACCAUGCUGCGCUCGUGAGCCUGCAAGGUCACUGGGUGCUCGAUAAGGCUACGCGCAAACACAUCACCGAUCCUUCGCACGCUAGGGUCAAGCAGAGGAUCGCGAAGCUGAAAGCCGUACCUGGCGCCCACUUUGAGUCUUACGAUCCCGCAGAAGGCAUCUGGCGUUUCAAAGUUGAUCAUUGGAGCAGGUACGGUCUGGAUGACGACGACGACGAAGAUGAGGAGGGGAUGCAGGCUGAAGAUGCGAAAGUAGCUGCUGCCCGACGCGUCAACACACCGAGGAAGAGUGUUGGCUCGGGAGUUUUCAGACCAAGACGCGCCACAUCCGCAAAGCCCGACCCCGCAGAUGAUGCGGACGCGCAUUCGGAAGCAUCUAUGCGUCUCAGCGAGCUGCGAAGCCCUGAGCCAGUCACCGCACGUGACACCGAGGAUGCCACACCACGCUUUGCGCAGGCGCGCUUGCGAGCGACAAAAUCACCGACACCAGUCGGCCAGGAUUUCGAAGCGUCAUCUAGACGCCUGGCACAGCAGCCUUGGGCCGCUACGCUGGGAUUGGAACCGAGGCGCGUGCAGGUCAUGCAGGCAAGCUUCUUUGGGCAGGCGUCGCCUGCUCAGGAGACCAAACAGCAAUUGCCCGGGCCCCCUCUUCUCGGCAACCGCAAGCACGCGCGUCGGAGCUCUCAUGGGACUGCGCCAACUGCCGCCGCCCGCUCGACCUUCUCCACGCCAGCUUCUGCUCCGGUAGAAGCGCCUUUGACCGUCUCUGCGCCCAUUGCCAAACCGCAGAAAUUUUCGAGAACGGAAAACACCAGCUCAAUCGUAGCUGGUGCUGAACGCCUGACGAUUGAUGCUGGUUUGUCCAUGGGACGCAGCUUCCGCGUUGGUUGGGGACCGGAUGGAACUAUUGCCCACAUUGGCAAGCUCUUCGUUGGCACUCAAUCAGUGGCAUCUUCUUCGCGUCGCACAGAUCACUUGCCCUCUUCCGCUGUCCGCCUCGAAAAGUUGCGUCUCUUUAGCGAUCCCGAGUCUGACGCAAAAAACGCGAAGAAUCUGCUCGAGCGGCAAUUUCGCCACACUCAAAUCGAUACAGAGGAAGAAGCAGAGGAGGAGGAAGAGGGAGCUGUAGCUGAAGCUGAAGCGCGCCUCGAAGAUGCGACAACGCCUCUGGCUUUUUUGCGGCCUGACACGCGUUUCAAGCAUUUUGCUUCGCUUUUUGAGGCCAACGAUCGUUCACACGACGCAACCAUCUGGAGGCUAGGCGCAGCCCUCUUUGACGAGAUCGACCUCCGGCUCCCAGAGGAUGCGCCACCCGACACCACUGCCACUGCCUUGAGCAUCAGACGUAAGGCUGUACUCUCCGCCACCCUUGCUCAUGCAGUCUCCAACACGGUGGAAGUUGAGGCGCGCUCAUGUGUCGCAGCCAAUAGACCUGCCGCUCUUGUCUUUGCUCAUCUGACUGGGUACCAGAUUGAGAGGGCCUGCCUAGCAGCUAUCGAAGCUGGUGAUGUCCGACUCGCAACUCUGGUAGCGCAAGCUAGCGGAGGCGACGAAGAGACAAGAGCAGACGUCAAUGACCAGCUGACCGUCUGGAGACAGCAAGCGGCCCUGGCUCAUAUUUCCAACGAUCAUCGGCGAGUCUACGAGCUUCUGGCAGGCAACGUCACACUCUCCGAGGGCAUCGACGCAGCUCAACAAAGACGCGCAAAUGACCCCGUCGAUCGAGCGGACGACACUCAGAUUCCAGCCGGACUGGAUUGGAAGCGAGCUUUUGGACUCCACUUGUGGUACGACACGGCGCACUCUGACCCUCUCAGAUCUGCGGUAGAACGCUACGAAGCCGCAGUGGGUGGUCGAGGUGACACUGCGCCUCCUUUACCUCCGUACUUGCAGUCUAGUCAGAAAGCUUCGCUCCAGCUGCGCUCGAUGAUGCAAAAGUCUGACUAUGCCAGAGAUGCUCUUUUCCAGCUCAUCAAGCUUUUCGCAAACUCCGACUUCCAGCUGGAAGACGCUCUCCGCCCACGAGGGUUUGGUGCUGCUCUUGCAGAUUACCGACUGCCUUGGCAUCUCUACCAGCUACUUGCCCGCGUCCUGCGCAUUCGCGACUUUGAUGACAGAUUGGACUUGGGCAUCGAGGUAGAAGAAGAGGGUACGCAAGGCCAUAGCUCGCGUGCAGACAGCUUGACAUCCAGCUAUGCCUUCCAGCUCGAGUCUCUUGGCCUGUGGACAUGGGCAGCAUUUGUUCUCUUGCAUCUCGAGAUCGAAGCAGGCCGCGAAGCGGCGAUCAAGGCUUUGCUUGCCCGCAACGUGCUCAAGAUCACCAACGAAGGAUCGGAGGAGGAGGACUUUUUGCUGUCGCAUCUGAGCAUACCUGAAGCGUGGUUGCACGAGGCGAGGGCGCACGAGGCUUGCUACCGCAACGACCGGUUUGCUCAGUACGAGUCGCUGCUCGCGGCACGGGACUAUGCCUCUGCUCAUCGCGUAGUGGUGCGCUAUCUUGCGCCAGAGGCCAUCAUCCGUAACGAUCUGCACGUACUCGUAAAGCUGUUCGCCUCCUUCACCGACGCUCAUCCCAACGGCGGCCUGGACGACCUGCCGGGAUGGAAAUUGGGCGGCCGGGUCUACCUUGACUAUGCAGCUUGCAUCCGCCAAAUUCCUCACCUGGUGGGACUCAACAAUCAAGAUCGACUGCCACCACCUGAGAAGGCCACCCUUGCUCGGCUCGUGUCGCGCUUGGCAGAGCUUCUGGAGCUCGUCCCCGGCCUCUUUCAAGACGUGGAAAGCAGCCUCACACAGAAAGUGGCAAAAUGCGAAAUGCUGGCAAGUCUUCACAACCUUGCUCGUGCCACGCAGUCCAUCUCGGAAGUGCCUUUGGCUCCAUGGGACAGCAGCGGGCCCCCUCGCACCAACGAGCUGCAAUACGCAGCCAACGAGCACCUAAAGCUGCUGAUCGGGUCAUUGGCUUAACACGCAGAUGCCAAUUAUCACCGUCUUGAUUUUGUGGUAUGAACUUCCCGCCACUUGAGCGAUUGUCUUUGGCUGAAGUAAUGUUGGAAUGACUGCUCACCCGACAACAGCAAUGAUCAAUGAAAUUCUCGGA